GAUUGGUGUUGUGCUGUGAGCAGCGCUGCAGGCUGGCGGUUUGGUGAGGAGGGCAGGUCCAGCGCUCCGAGUGACCACAAAGAUCCUGGUCCACGCGGGCAGGAUGAGGGGAUGAGAGGAUGAGAGGAUGUCUGAGCGCGAGCUGAUGGAGGCCACGGUUCGUGAGGAGGCGGAGGAGGAGGAUGAGGAAGAAGAGGAGGAAGAAGGAGAGGAGCUGACGCUGCAGGAGAUCUUAACGCUCUAUAACCAGCCUAUAAACGAGGAGCAGGCCUGGGCGGUUUGCUAUCAAUGCUGCCGGACUUUGGCGGAGGAAGGCGCGGGGCGAAGGCGCAGCAGCGCCGGGCGCUCAGGGCUGGACCAUCGGGUGGUCAUCGGGGGUCCAGGCGACGUGAGGAUACACAAGAAUGGCACUAUCAGGCCGCACAUUGCAGGUAAAGGCCAGGCAGCGUCCUCAGCAGUGUGGGUGAUUGAAUCUCUGGGCAUUAUGAUCUAUAAAGCUCUGGACUUCGGUCUAAAGGAGAAUGAGGAGCGUGAGCUGAGCCCACCGCUGGAGCAGCUCAUCGACCUGAUGACUAACACGGCCGGCUUGGACGCUGACCCCUGCCCUGACGAAGGCUAUGAGGCCACUGAGGAAGAGGAGGAGGAAGGGCGGGGCUCCAGCAGUGGGAUCCGCCGCUACCGGGACGUCCUCAAGUUGUGCACGUCUCACCUUCCGAGGCCAGAGGACGCUCCUGCCCACUACCAGGCUGUGUGCCGCGCCCUGUACGCUGAGACCAUGGAGCUGCGGACCUUUCUGGACAAGAUCAGGAGUGCUAAAGAAAACCUACGGAAGAUGGAGGGUGAUACGACUGAUGAUCCAGCCAGAGACCUGAAUGAGUUACAGAAUGCAGACUGGGCACGAUUCUGGGUGCAGGUGAUGAGGGACUUGAGGAACGGAGUGAAGCUGAAGAAGGUGCAGGAACGCCAGUACAACCCCCUGCCCAUCGAGUACCAGCUCACACCCUACGAAAUGCUCAUGGACGACAUCCGCUCCAAACGCUACAAACUGCGCAAGGUCAUGGUAAAUGGAGACAUUCCCCCACGGUUAAAGAAGAGCGCACAUGAGGUCAUCCUGGACUUCAUACGGUCCAGACCUCCUCUCAACCCCGUGGCAGCGAGAAAGCUGAGGCCGCAGGUUGAACGUCCUCCAAGCCUCCACGAGCGCAUCCUGGAGGAGAUCAAAUCUGAGAGGAAGCUCCGCCCAGUAUCACCUGACCAGAUCCGCAGGAGCAGACCGGUAUUUCGGCCGCUUAGCAAUUCUCAGAGUUUUGACUCCUCAGACGUGUCAACCCCUGAUGCAGCGAGGAAAGCGUCCAGCACGCUCUCGCUGGCCAACGGCUCAUCCCUCCCACAGAGCAGCGCCAGCGGCUUCCAGAGGAAGAGGCUCCAGGCGCCCACGCUGUCAGAACUGGACAGCUCUGACUCAGACGAUGAGACAGUGGGUCAAAGGUCAGCCAGCACCUCCAGCAUCUCUACACCCAUGGUGGAGGACACAUCACCAGAGUCUGUGGUGGGAAAGAAGACCCCACCCAUGUUCCUGCCCAUCUCCUCCACGCCACAGCCUGAAAGGAAGCAGCCUGCCCAGAGGAGACACUCUAUAGAGAAGGAGACACCCACCAAUGUGCGCCAAUUCGUACCUCCGUCCAAACAAAGCUCCAAAUCCUUAGAGGAGUUUUGUUUCCCGGUGGAGUGUUUGGCCCUGACAGUGGAGGAGGUGAUGCACAUCCGGCAGGUCCUGGUCAAAGCCGAGCUGGAGAAGUUCCAGCAGUACAAAGACAUCUACAACGCACUGAAAAAGGGAAAGCUUUGCUUCUGCUGUCGAACCAAAAAGUUCUCCUUCUUCACGUGGUCUUACACCUGCCAGUUCUGCAAAAGGCCUGUGUGUUCACAGUGCUGUAAGAAGAUUCGGUUGCCCUCUAAACCCUAUGGCAGCCUGCCCAUCUACUCUCUGGGUCCUUCCACCUCCACACUGUCCCGGGACAAAUCAGAAAAGGGCAGUACGAGCCACCACCGGCCCAGCCUCCACCGCACCAUGUCCAGACUGUCGAAGGCGUCGCGCCAGUCCUCCUCGUCCUCCUCACGGGAGGAGGUGGAGCUGCCCCGUGAGCUGACUGCGGACUGGAGCAGCAUGGAGGUUUGUGUGGACUGCAAGAAGUUCAUCUCCGACAUCAUCUCCUCCAGCAAGCACAGCCUGUCUCUGGCCACCAAGCGCGCCCGCUUGAAGCGCAAAACACAGUCAUUCGUCAUGUCUUCUUCAAAAGGGGGGGAGUACAGACCCUCAGAGAGAACUAUCAAUGAGGUCUGACCCGCCAGACCUUUCUGUCUGAUCCAAAGCCUGGACUGGACCUUAAUCGCUGGACUGAAAUGAUGUAGGAGACCCUGGAGUGGGAAGUAUAUGUCCACCUGUUUGGUCUAGAGGGAGGCAGGCAUGGACUGUGUGGUGUAGCAGCCAUAAAGUCUGACAAGUACUAGUUCUUCUAAAUGGACCAACGCUGCCUUCAUGUGCUGAUUGGACAGUCCUAUUUUUCCACAAAGUUAUAGUUAAUUUACAUUUGAGAACUUUGAAGAUGGAAAAAUUUAAAAUAUUUUAGCCAAGCCCACCAAAUAUCCCAAGGUCAUCAUUCAAAAAUAUACAUAUUUUAAAAUAUACAUAAACAAACGAACAAUAUCUGUGGCCUAACUGGUGACUACUACAAGUAAAUUAAGGAAUAGUCUACCACUUUAGUCUUUGCAUUUAAGUGCACUGUAGUAAGAAAUAUGAAAUAUAACUUAGGGUGGUGAACACAUCAUAAAUGUGAGCUAGCUAGCUGGUAGGAGUGGGAAAAAAAUUAUACUUAAAGGGCCCAUACUGUCCAUAUGUGGAAACUGAACUGCAAAAAAUUAAUUUUUUCUGUGAUGUCACAAGAACCAGCUCAUUUAUAUCUACCCACCUGUUCAAACUACAACAGUUUAGCCUCACCCACCCAGACUGAAGUAGUGCUUCAGCUCUGAUUGCUUCUUGAUUAUGACACAAUACAGGACAGUUGAUCAUAACUGAGCUCAUUUGCAUGCGUUUAGUCUUAAAGGCACAGUAACAAAAUAGGCCGUUUAAUUCUAAGGGGUAAAAAGGGGGUCAGAAAACGGUCAUGUAGACAUGAAUUAUUUUUUGGAAUUUGUGUGAUGUUAUUUUAUUCGCUCCUUGGCUUGAUUUUUUGCUAAUUUUCGCUGCCGAUGGGGAACUUGCUGUCGUUUCUGCUGUUGGCAUGGCGACACCCAAGCUGACGAAUCAGCAACCGGAACUUUUUGACAAAUGUCAGAAAGAUUAGAUGCCCUCUGCUUCCUCAUGGAUGCUGUUAGCAUCGUGAAAAGCAGCUCAAACUCAGUUACAGUCAUCUGAGCACUAUACCAAAUAUCUGAGAGAGGUGGUGAAACUCUCUGUACUCUUUCACUUUUUCAAAAUGGAGAGCAGCCCACCCAGUGUCACUGAUUGCCUUUUUAUGAGGUGCAAAUGAAAUCUUUAUCGCUUAAAGACAUUCUGCCUGUUUUUUGGUAGAGGCGCAAACAACACAGCAAAAUUCCAAAAAAUUGCAGUGCAUCCAGUGGUUUUACUUUUGAUGUGGAAAAAAACAUUGCAGCAAAAAUGUCACAUUUUUAUGUUGUUUAUUUGCAUCACGUUCAGUGUGUUUUAGCAUUUAGAUGCAACACAUCUCUAUUGAAACAUUCUAAACUCACAAUACGUUCCAUACCGGUUCACUUAAGGCAGGACAUGAUACAGUAUAUUUCCUUGAUAAAUGAGAAAAAUUUUCUAUCUGACGUUUCUCCAGUAGGGGCCGCUAAAAUGUUUAUUUAUUGUUUUUCAUGCUAAGCUGCACUGUUCCAUGUAAACAGCACUAAUUAUGCUCUCUUUGUAAUGGAACAUGCGGUUGCCUAAUGUUCUUUAAUUACGUAGUCACACUCUUCAAAAAAGAUGACAAAGAUUAGCAAAGAAAAUGGUUCUGUAAAGAACCAUGAACACUCAAAGAACCUUUUGCAUGCUUAAAGGGUUCUUUGCAUUGUGGAAAUGUUCUUCAGACUGAUAGACAAUGUGCAUGAAUGUGC